AUGAAUCCAUUACUAACCUCAAGAAAACCAUUGAUCAUCACAAUCAAUCAACCAAUAGCUGAGUUCCUGCUUCUAUUAUGCACGGGAGUAUUCCAGGCCAGGGCACAAGUUGGGCGUCUUCCUAAUGAUGAAGUGCAAGCCCUUCGUGAAAUUGCUAUGCAAAUAGGGAAGAAAGAUUGGAAUUUCGGAGUAGACCCAUGUAGUAAUGACCCAAGCUGGUUAACACCACAAUCCAAUUUGAGGCCAUUGUACAACAAUUCUCUUGUCUGCAAUUGCUCCGAUUCUUUGGGUCAAUGUCACGUCCUUGAAAUCUUUCUUAAAGGGCAAGAUCUUGAUGGCAUGCUUCCACCAUCCCUGGUGAAGCUACCCUACCUAAAGAAAAUUGAUCUCACUCGAAACUACCUUUCUGGUACCAUACCACCUGAAUGGGCUUCUACAAAGUUGGAAUAUCUGUCCGUUAAUGUAAACAAUUUAUCAGGACCAAUCCCAAGCUACUUGGGAAACAUUUCCACUCUUACAUAUAUGAACAUAGAGAACAAUCUAUUUUCUGGAAAUCUUCCCCCUCAACUUGGGGAUUUGGUUAACUUGGAAAAUCUCAUUCUCAGUGCAAACAAUCUCACUGGCGAGAUUCCAGCUGCUCUCACCAAUCUAACCAAAUUAACAGAACUUAGGAUUAACAGUAACAACUUCAUUGGAAGAAUACCCGACUUUUUCCAGAGUUGGAAACAACUUCAGGAAUUAGAGAUCCAAGCUAGUGGUCUUGAGGGGCCCAUUCCUUCUAGCAUUUCUGUCUUGAGUAAUUUAACCAGGCUGAGGAUAAGUGACUUAAUUGGUAAUGGUUCAGAAUUUCCGCCCUUGAAUAACAUGACAAGCAUGAAAAGAUUGAUGUUGAGGAAUUGCAAUCUCUCUGGGCCUAUCCCGGCAUACAUUUCAGCAAUGACUGAACUCCAAAACUUAGAUCUCAGCUUCAACAAAUUGGAAGGAAAUAUUCCAGAUUUGAGUGGUCUAGAUUCCUUGAAAUAUAUGUUUCUGACAAACAACUUGCUCAGUGGGCAUAUUCCAAACUGGAUCCCUAGCAGAGAUAGUGGCUUCCAAAUAGAUGUCUCGUACAAUAAUUUUUCAGAAAUCUCUAUGCCACCUACUUGUACUGGAAACCAAAAUUAUUUUCGGAGCUUUUCUGGACAGGACAACUCACUACUUGCCAAGUGCAUGAAGAACAAACCUUGUCUGAAAGAACAACAUUCAUUGUAUAUAAAUUGUGGUGGAAAUGCAACCACCAUUGGAAAGAUAGAAUAUGAAGAGGAUCUAGACCCAGCAGGUGCAGCAAAAUUUGUCUCCGUAAGAGAUAGUUGGGGAUUCAGUAGCAGUGGAAAUUUUUGGGAUGUUAACAGUACCUCAAAUCAAUAUAAAGCAACUAAUGUAUCAAUACUCAGAAUGAACCACUCUGAAUUAUACAUGAGUGCACGGCUUUCUCCUCUUUCUCUCACAUAUUAUGCACGUUGCUUGGCAAAUCGAAAUUAUACUGUGAAACUACACUUUGCAGAGAUAGUUAUCAGAGAUAACAGAUCUUUCUACAGUCUUGGAAGACGGAUAUUUGAUGUUUAUAUCCAGGAACAACUGGUCUUGAAGGAUUUUAAUAUUGAAAAUGUUGCACAAGGGGUUGAUAAAGCAACAGUUAUGGAAUUUAAAGCAGUUGUGAGGAACAAAGUUCUACAGAUCCGCUUUCAUUGGGCUGGAAAAGGGACAACCGCUGCGCCACUGAGAGGAACAUAUGGUCCUCUCAUAUCAGCAAUCUCCGUGGAAUCUGAUUUCGGUCCACCUAAAAAUGGCAUGAUGGAGAUAUUAACUGGAGUUAUAGUUGUAGUAUUAGUGUUAUUCCUCUUCCUUAUGAUUUUAGGCAUUCUUUGGUCAAAAGGCUACAUAGGAGGCAAAAUGUCAAGGGAGAAAGAGCUGAAAGGAUUUGAUCUGCAAACUGGUUUUUUCACCUUCAAGCAAAUUAAAGCUGCCACCAACAAUUUUGAUGCUGCAAACAAGCUUGGGGAAGGUGGUUUUGGAACUGUAUACAAGGGUAUAUUGUUAGAUGGUACUAUAAUUGCUGUUAAGAAACUUUCUUCAAGAUCAAAACAAGGAAACCGUGAAUUUGUAACUGAAAUAGGCAUGAUAUCUGCAUUACAACACUCAAACCUUGUUAGACUGUAUGGAUGUUGCAUUGAAGGAAAUCAACUAUUCUUGGUAUAUGAAUACAUGGAAAACAAUAGCUUGGCACGUGCUAUGUUUGGUUCAGAUGACCAACUAUUGACAUUGGACUGGCCUACGAGGCAGAAAAUAUGCGUUGGCAUAGCAAGAGGUCUGGCUUUCUUGCAUGAGGAAUCAACACUGAAAAUUGUUCAUAGAGACAUCAAAAGUACCAAUGUCCUGCUGGAUAUGGACCUUAACCCAAAGAUUUCUGACUUUGGGUUGGCCAAGCUUGAUGAAGAGGAAGACACCCAUAUCAGCACCCAAGUUGCUGGAACAAUAGGAUACAUGGCACCAGAAUAUGUAUUAUGGGGUUAUUUAACCAAUAAAGCAGAUGUAUACAGUUUUGGGGUCGUUGCAUUGGAAAUUGUUGCUGGGAAGAGCAACAUGAAAUUUCGACCAAGUGAGAAAUAUGUUUGCCUUCUAGAUUGGGCCCAUGUUCUACAACAAACGGGUAAUCUAAUGGAGCUGGUGGAUCCAAAGUUGGGGUCAGAGUUCAAUAAGGAAGAGGCAGUUAGAAUGAUAAAAGUAGCUCUCUUAUGUACUAAUCCAUCCCCUGCACUUAGACCCAACAUGUCUGAAGUGAUAAGCAUGCUUAAUGGCGAAACUGCUGUUCAUGAACUUGACAUGGAUAGAAGUUUAUAUGGCAGUGACUUGAAGGUUAAAGCCUUAACAGAUCAGCUCCUACAACAACCUGAGAGCCUUAAUACUUCAUUAAAUGCAAAGUGGGUUGGAUCUUCUUCAAUAACCACCAAUGAUCUCUAUUCAAUAAAUAAGGAUUCUCGAUAA